AUGCUGGCCUGCCUGUUGGCCCCUGGACACUCGACCACUCCUCUUCUGUGCCUGCAGAUGAACACUGGACCUCCGCAAUGGGAAACCACACAGAAGAUGAGAUCUCCGAGCUACCCCAGCCCCGCAGAGUUAGAUGCGUAUGCUAAGAAAGUGGCCAACAGUCCUCUGACCAUCCAGAUCUUCCCCAACAGCGUCAAAGUCCCUCAGAGGAAGCACGUCCGGCGCACGGUCAACGGCCUGGACACGUCCUCCUCCCAGCGCCACAGUCCGUACUCCUCUCAGCUGAGCGCCCGAGCCGGUCUGCUGGCCGUGCUCCGCCCUCAGCUCAAACACACCCCUAGCCCCCGCACCCGCGCUCCCCACAAGGCGGCCAUGAACCUACACAGUGGCCCCUACGGCCCUCAGGGAGCGCUGAACAUGCAGGGCCCUCCACAGCAGCCCCAACACCCCCAUCCUAUGAGUCUCCCCCAGAGCCACCCCCAGAGCCACCCCCAAGGCCACCCCCAAGGCCUCCCGCAGAGCCACCCCCAAGGCCUCCCGCAGAGCCACCCCCAAGGCCUCCCGCAGAGCCACCCCCAGAGCGCACCUCAGACCGUGCAGCAUCAUCCCACACUGCAGCAUAGGGGCCCCUCACACCAAGGGCCCCUGCAGCGGCACAACCUGUCACAGCUGCAGACAGUACAGAGACCUGUGUAUCCUCAAGGGCCCCCAAGACUUCCCCAGACGGGCCCCCCCACACAGCCAGCCCACCUGCCAAUACUCGGGCACCAUGGCCCUCGCAACGUCCUGCACUCAGCCCCUCACACGGGCCCCCACAAUGUCCCUCACAACCUCCCCCACAAUGGUCCUCACAACGUCCCCCACUCGGGCCCUCUCGGUGCUCGGGACAAGGUCCUCAUGGCCCCGUCACAGGAGCGGCAGCACAUGCCUCAGCUCAUGUCCCACCAGAGCAUCCAACAAACCAUGAACUCAGUGAGGGCCCUCGCACAGCGACCUGCGGGCCCUCAGCCUGGGCCCCAUGGAGCACCAGAGCAAAGACCGCAUGGACUACAUGCAGGCCCCCCUGCACCACCUCCAGGGGGCCUACACCCAGGCCCCCCUGCCCCUCCUCCAGGGGGCCUACACCCAGGAGCCCCUGGAGGGCCCCUACAGGGCCAUGCUAAAGGAGCCCAGCCUGGAGCCGCUGGUGGACUACAAGCUCCCCCCUUAGCGGGCCCCCAGCAGGGCCCCGCCAGAGCGCCAGAUCCCGCUGAAGGAACCCCUUUCAUGGGCGACACUUGUCAGCAGCCGGGACACUACGGGCCCCGUAAAGUGGCCGAUGCAGAUGCUCCGCCUAACGUGACCGUGUCUACCUCCACCAUUCCUCUGUCCAUGGCGGGCAGCCUGCAGCAGACGCGGCCCGACCUGAGCAGCAUCGUGCUGCAGAUAAACCAGCUGUGCCAGGCGCGGGCGGGUCUGGGCGGCACCUCUGUGUGCGAGGGCCAGAUCGCCAACCCCAGCCCCAUCAGCCGCAACCUGCUGAUCAACGCCAGCUCCAGAGUGGCCCACCCCCCUGGUCUGGCCUCAGCCAACAGCUUUCACUUGCAGGGAGCUCUGGACAAGACCCUGGGUCACCUCCCUGGCCCCGGACAUCCCAGCGGGGCCCCUCUGCACUCUCAGCCCAACAUGAACGCUCUGAAUGGGCUGCAGAACUUUCACAGUGAUUCAGAGAAGCACCAGAGCCUCCUGCAGCGCUCAUGGGCUCAGCACCAGAUGGCUCACAUGCAGCAGGCUCCUGAGGGGGCCCAUCCCUGUAAGACCCCCCGACUGGAGGCCCCUGCUGACUGUAGCUUUGGCCCUGCUCAGAGUCUCUCUUAUCCCCACAAAGUGCCGGGCUCUGGCCAGUCCUUCUCUCUCAAACAUCAGGAUAAAAGUAAUGCUUCGCCUCCUCACUGCUCCGGGGGCUCUUUGCCUUACAUGGAGACUCAGUAUCUGCCGCCCUCCUGGGGCCCACCUCAAGAAGGAUUCCACGAUUUGGGGACCAGAGCUUGGAUGUACGGGGCCCUGGACAGGAGCCGGGCCCUGGGGGCCCUCUGCAUGGACAUCACCCUGGGUACAGAUGAAUGCUGUCGACUGGAGUCUGAGGCUGUCGACUGCAGAGCCUCGGCCUCUUAA